UCUCCGAAACGGCGUCGCUCGCUGCCGGCCCCGCCCCCUCACGAGAGGCGCUUCACCCAAUCGCGCUCGCGCUCUGGGGGCCGGGGGCGCGCGCGCGGGCCUUUCAAGCGGCACGAGGCCGGGGGGGACGGGAUUCGCUCCGCCCCCUCCCGCGAGCGCUCUAAAUUUAAGGCACCUGGUGCCUCCUACAGGCAGCGAGUCAGUGCUGCCGCGCGGAGAGGAGGCUCGGCUCGGCGCGCGCCUACCCCAGGGACAAUGCUGUCUGAAUCAGAAAUGGGAACUGUAUUGGCAGAUGCAGCCUCUAACCUGGAUGUUCCAGUGUCGUGUGAGGUGUCUCUUAGUGAUGUCAUGGUGAACUCUCCAUCCAGAACUGUUGAGGACCAUAGUGCUGAAAUAACUGAAGAGACUAACACUGAAGAAUCUCAGCUAGAUAUGUUUAGAUCCAAAGCUUCAUCCCCUGCCUCAGGCCUAUGGACAACACGACGGGAUGGAGAAGUUAAACUAAGGCUAGAACAACAGGGUAUUGGUAGUGAGACACCAAAGACUGUUCAUGAACUAUUCCAGGAAGCUGUUAAAAAAUAUGGUGACUAUUUUGCCCUUGCAUCAAAGAAGGGUGACAAGUGGAUAAAGCAAACUUAUAAGCAAUACUAUGAGGAAUGUCGGAAGGCAGCAAAAAGCUUUAUUAAGUUGGGAUUGGAGCGUUUCCAUGGAGUGGGCAUUUUGGGAUUUAAUUCUGCAGAGUGGUUUAUUGCUGACAUUGGAGCUAUUCUUGCUGGUGGUUUUGCUGUUGGCAUCUACACCACAAACUCUCCUGAAGCCUGCCAGUAUGUAGCGGAGAACUGUGGCGCUAAUAUCCUGGUUGUGGAGAAUCAUAAACAGCUGGAGAAAAUCCUAGAAGUUCAGCACAAGCUUCCUCUUCUGAAAGCAAUCAUCCAGUACAAUGGAGAGCUUAAGGAGAAAAGACCAAAUCUCUACUCUUGGAGUGAAUUUAUGAGCCUUGGCAGUGACGUUCCAGAUUCCCAGCUUGAUAAGAUCAUUGAAUCCCAGAAGCCUAACCAAUGCUGUACACUGAUCUAUACCUCAGGAACAACUGGACAGCCAAAGGGAGUUAUGCUCAGUCAUGAUAAUAUAACUUGGACUUCACUAUCAGCAGGGCGCUACGUACGACUGACAGAAGCUACUGAACAACAGGAGCUGGUGAUCAGCUACCUUCCCCUCAGUCAUAUUGCUGCUCAAAUGAUUGAUAUUUGGUUGCCGAUAACAUUUGGUGCACAAGUUUUCUUUGCUCAACCAGAUGCACUGAAGGGCAGCUUGAUAGACACCUUACAGGAGGUGAGACCAACAGCUUUUAUGGGAGUUCCUCGUGUCUGGGAGAAAAUACAAGAAAAAAUGAAAUCUGUGGGUGCAAAAUCAUCUGCUCUCAGAAGAAAAGUGGCAGCAUGGGCUAAGGAAGUAGGAUUACAAACUAACCUGAAACGGAUGAAUGGGGCUUCUGAACUCCCAGUGAACUUCCGUCUAGCCAGGCAGUUGGUGUAUAAAAAAGUUCGGAAGGGUCUUGGACUGGAUCGAUGCACAAAGUGCUACACUGGGGCUGCCCCGAUUACUAGAGACACUCUGGAGUUUUUCCUGAGUCUUGACAUUCCUGUGUAUGAAUUGUAUGGCAUGAGUGAGAGCUCUGGACCUCACACCAUCUCUCUUCCAGAUGCAUUCAGAAUCACUAGCUGUGGAAAAGAGAUUACAGGCUGCCGGACAAUGAUUUACAAGCCUGACAGCGAUGGCAGUGGAGAGAUCUGUUUCUCAGGAAGACACAUCUUUAUGGGCUAUUUGAACAUGGAAGAUAAAACCAAAGAGGCAAUUCAUGAAGAAGGCUGGCUACAUUCAGGUGAUCUUGGCAAGCAUGACAGGAAUGGAUUUCUUUACAUCACUGGAAGAAUUAAAGAGCUCAUCAUUACUGCUGGAGGGGAGAAUAUCCCUCCUGUUCCAAUUGAAGAUGCUGUAAAGGAGGCUGUUCCUAUAAUUAGUAAUGCUAUGGUAGUUGGCGACAAAGCAAAAUUCCUUGCUAUGCUUUUAACUCUGAAGUGCAAUGUAAAUGAAGAAACAGGGGAACCACAGGAUGACCUUACUCCAGAAGCCAUAGCAUACUGUCUCAGAUUAGGCAGCAAAGCUACAAAAGUCUCAGACAUUGUAGGUGGCAAAGACAAAGCUGUUGAUGCUGCUAUCCAGAAGGGAAUUGCAUUGGUCAAUGAGAAAGCAAUCUCAAAUGCACAGAAAGUACAGAAGUGGGUCCUUCUAGAAAAGGACUUUUCAAUCACUGGUGGAGAGCUAGGUCCAACAAUGAAACUGAAGAGGCCUGUUGUAGCAAAGAUGUAUAAAGACCAAAUAGACCACUUCUACACUGAUGUGGCUGCCACAUCAGCAAAUCCGCUUUCAAAGUAACCUUGGAACACUGCAGGUCUCAACAUCCAGUUCUCCAACUCUUCCUCUGCUGCAUAAGUGUGCGUGCUCUUUGUUGCUUCAACUCCCAAAUGAAGGAAUAAAUGGGUCUCUGAAAUAAACCAGGUUUAAUAUUGUAGCCCUGCAAUCACUGAAUAUUUAUAUACAUUCCUGACUCUAGUUAGCGAUACUGCACUAAUAUUGUCUCAUUCUCUUUGAGAUGACCAUGGACAUUAGGAAAAGUCCGUCCAAUCAGUUGCCCACUGCAUAUGGGCAAAUAGAAUCUCAGCAAAAGUUAGUUAAAAUAUUUAAAUAGUACCAUGGCACUUUUUGUAUUGUAAAAACCAUGCUGUAACUUAUUUUUCAACCAAAGUCACUUUGUCAGAAAAUGAAUGUAAAACACAAGCAGGAACCUUGGUUUCUUUAUAGUGUUGCACUUGAGGGCUCGGGGUACAUUUUUAAUAGCAAUGAAAUUUGUAAGUAAAUUAUACACAGAGCAUAUAAAGGUUUGUAUGCAUACUGUAUAGAAAUUACAGGUGUACUUGGUUCACUGUUUGUGUAAUACAGGCUUAGACUUUCGGUUGGAUCUCACAAAGCCAUAAACAUGUUGAAACUAUACUCUGCAUGUGUUGUAAGAAGCAUUCCAGCAAAGGGAGUCUGAUAGAGCUGUCAAAAUCCUGUCCCUUCUGUGUUCCUCAGUUGUCCUACAAUCAUAGAAUGUCUUGAACUUGUAGGUUUUUAUGGCAUAGUACACUUGAGGGGGUUGAGGAAAAGGUCUU